AUGGUAAAAUUUAGUUUACCUGAUCCAGAUAGCGAAGAUGAGAUUGAUUUGAUAAAUACUACGGCUAAAAAACCUACUUUUAAAGCACUAUCCGAUGAGGAAGAUGAGAAUGAUAAUAGCGGUAAGAAGUUCAAGUUCAAGUUGAAAAGGAAUCAGAAGACCAACCUGAUACAGGAAGAUACUUUCGAGGAUGAUUACUCUGACUUGUUUGUACAGAAGAAUGAGAACCAGAAGAGAAACGCGCAAUCGGCUGUCCAGUCUAUGGGAAAUACGGUGAAGGUGUUGAAUUUAGAAGAUUUAGAAGGAUCUGAAGAAGAUCCAGAUGAUGGGCAAGAAAAUGACACCAAAAUGUCGAUACAGAAGAAAACUGUGACGUUUGAUCCAAAUCCAGACUCUAAAGUCACCGAAAAAUCAUACGUGAAGUUACUUAGCAAGCAAGAUAAAGAAGACUUGAAGGAGCUUGGAAUAACCGCCCAGGCGGAUAUAAAUACAGAAGUUGACGAUGUGCUCAUGAUGGAGGACUCCUUACAGGAUGAAAGAUUGGCGCUCGGCGACAAGGAUAACCGUCUUAUGCAGCAGCGAAAACGCCAAGAGAUCGAACAGUUGAUAGCCUUACAUGAUGAUAGAACUCUGAAUGAAACAGAUUUACUCUCAGACGAACUACAGCAAUUACAAAAGAUGAGCGGAAAGACAACAGUUCUCUUGCCAAAAUUACAACCGGAACAAACUACCCAAGAAUUGUCAACUGAAUUGACUGCUCUUGCUCACCAAGACACGAAGGAAGUGCUAAUUAAUAAAAGAAUCGAAGCACUAGAGAAUAAACUACAGAAUUUGAGUGUUACCAAGGAGAAAUUACUUGAAGAGUUUUUCAAUACCUGUAAACCGAAAGACCAACAAAAUUUGGCAACGUUAAACUCCUAA